AUGCUGAGAGGCCCCUUCAUCCUCUGGGGCUUCAACCCCUUCCGCUCGGAGCAGAAGCUGGUGCAGUGCCUGCAGGACAACGUGCACUUCCCCUUCGAGGUGCAGCAGCCCAAAGUCUUUGUGGUGGAGUACUAUCGGGACACGCUGUGGAAGGGGGCCCUGCUCCUCCUGCUCUCCGCCGUGGGCUGCGGCCUCUACUUCCAGACGGAGAAGGGCGACCAGGACUAUGCCGGCUUCUUCGCCUUCGGGAUCCUGACCGGGCUGUGGCUGGUGCUGUGCUCCGCGUCCAAGCGGCGCCUGGUGAUCAACCACCGCCGCGGCUUCUACCGCCUCUACAUCCGCGAGCGGCUGUGGCAUCAGGGCCCCCUGCACCAGAUCUACGUGCGGCUCACGGCGCAGCAGGACGCCUACGGCAAGAGCUUCUACAGCCUCGUGGUCAGCGGCUACCGCCUGGAGGAGCUGGUGCUGGCCCGGCUCUCGACCGACUACGAGCAGAUGCAAGCCCUGGGCCGCAGGCUGGCGCACAAGCUGUACCUCAACUACUUUGACUGCCAAGAGGCAUCGGGCCGGCACGUGGUGCGGCACUGGCCCCCGCCCCUGCUGCACGACAACAAGGCCUGUCCCCAGGACGCGGACCAGACUGACCGGCACGAGGCCGAGGGCCUGCCUGUGUGA